CCUGUGGUUCUUAAAUAAAAUUGCUAUGGUAACUGAAAAUAAACAACAAACCGCUUAUUAGUAUUUCCACCGAACUAUGCAGCUGCUGUAAAAUUAAAAAGCCACAAAGAUGCGUGGCGUUUUAAAGUGGCUGGAACGCAUCGAGUUUCCCAAUAGCAAGGAGAACGAGAUCACCGUCCACAAUGUUUGCUAUGCACCCGAUGGCAGCCAGUUGGUGGUUGCAGCGGGGGACCGCCUACUCAUCUACGAUCCCAACGAUGGAUCCCUCCUGAAUACUCUAAAGGCGCAUAAGGAUACGGUGAACUGUGUAGCCUACUCCCGGGAUGGCAAGCGAUUUGCCAGCGGAGCCUCUGACAAGAUGGUCAUCGUGUGGUCUCCACAGCUGGAAGGACUGCUGAAAUAUUCACAUGGCGACUCCAUCCAGUGCAUGAGCUUCAAUCCUGUGUCGCACCACCUGGCCUCCUGUUCCUUGUCCGACUUUGCUUUCUGGUCGGCCGAUCAGAAAGCUGUGCAAAAGUACAAGAUAUCCGCUAGGGUUAAUGGCUGCUCGUGGACCAACGAUGGCCAGUACCUGAUCCUAGGUCUGGCCAAUGGAACGAUUUCCAUUCGAAACAAGCUCGGAGAGGAGAAGGGUCGCAUCGAUAGACCUGGUGGACCCAACAGUAACGUUUUCAGUGUCCAAUGCUGUCCGGCCAAUGGACCAGGGUGCGUGGAUACCAUCGGUGUGGUAGACUGGAGUCAGACGCUGUCUUUUCACACUCUGAGUGGUCAGAUGAUUGGCAAGGAGAGGGCGCUAGGAUUCGAUCCAUUGUGCCUGCAAUAUUUUCCCAGCGGCGAGUUCUGUGUGGUUGGAGGAUGCACUGGAGGUCUACACUUUUUUACAAAAGAGGGUAUUCGCCUUGGAACCUUGGGCGAUACCUUUGAUACCUGGAUCUGGACUGUGGCCUUGCAUCCCAAUGGACAGUCCUAUACAAUAGGUUGUCAGGAUGGCACUCUAGCCUGUUUCAACAUCGCGUCCAGUACAGUGCAUGCUCUAUACCGGGAAAGGUAUGCCUUUCGGGAAAACAUGUGCGAUGUGAUCAUCCAGCACUUGAUUUCCGGUCAGAAGGUCAGGAUUAAAUGCCGCGAUUUGGUCCAAAAGAUAGCCAUCUAUCGCAACCGACUGGCUGUCCAAUUACCGGAGCGCGUGGUCUUGUACGAGCUGAGUUCUGGCGAAGAUCAGCCAAUGCAUUACAAAGUUCGCGAGAAGAUUCAGCAAAAGUUCGACUGCAGUCUGUUGGUGGUGUGUGGCCGCCACAUAGUCCUCUGCCAGGAAAAACGACUCCAAUGCUUGGAUUUCUCCGGCAUCCUACAACGCGAGUGGAUGAUGGAUUCGUUUAUUCGUUACAUUAAAGUGACUGGAGGACCCGUUGGGAGAGAAGGCCUUAUGGUGGGCCUAAAAAAUGGGCAGGUGUUCCGAAUAUUUCUCAACAACUCCUUGCCCUUGCUGAUCACCACGGCCGUGUCUGCAGUUCGGUGCCUGGACAUUAAUUCAAAGAGGAGUAAGAUUGCGGUAGUGGACGAUGUAGGCCGCUUGGUAGUGCGGGACAUAAUCAAUGACACAAUCUUAUACCAAGACACUGGUGUAAACAGUGUUACCUGGAACACCCACUUAGAUUCCAUGCUCUGCUAUACUCAUACUACUGGAGGAUUGAGUGUUCGGGUGGGGAAUCUUCCGCCCCGGGCUCCACAAAAUAUGCAUGGAGUUGUGGUGGGUCUUUGUGGAGCAACUGCUUUCUGCCUGCGGGGAAACAUAAUGCAUAAUACCCCACUGGCACUUGGCUCGACCAUGUGGCAGUUUAUCGAAGCGGGAUUAUUUGAGGAAGCUUACCAAGUAGCCUGUUUGGGUGUGACCACUAGCGACUGGGAGGGAUUGGCUCAAUCAGCUCUGGAGGCUCUCCACAUCAACAUAGCUCGCGAUGCCUAUGUCAAGGUUAGGAACCUCCCAUGGCUCAAGCUGAUUGGUGAGCUGCGAGAUCAGCAACAGCGUUCGGCUGUUCCCAAGGAGGUGCUUUUGGCGGAAAACUGUGCUUUUGCGGGAAAGUUUAAAGAGGCCGCCCGGCUUUUCCUAAAGUGCGGCCAAUCUUCUCGAGCUCUAGAGAUGUACACGGAUCUGCGAAUGUUCGAUUUAGCCCAGGAAUUUAUUAAAGAUGGAACGGCCCAGGAGAAGAAGGAACUAGUGCGAAAACGGGCAGAGUGGGCGUAUUCUGUUAAGGAGCCACGUGCUGCUGCCGAGUUGCUGCUUUCCGCUGGAGAAAACCAGAAGGCCAUCGAUAUUGUGGCAGAGCAAGGAUGGGCCGACGUGCUUUACGAUAUUGGUCGUCGUUUGAGCCUUACUGAUAGGGAGGCCCUGGAGUCAGUUGCACAGAAUCUCAGAACCCUCAAGGCCUUGCCCCUGGCAGCCGAGAUUUUUAAGAAGCUGGGCGAUGAAGAUCAAGUGGUUCAGCUGCACGUAGAGGUUAGGGACUGGCCAGAAGCUUUUCGACUGGCGGAAUCCUUGCCAGAACUGCUACCAACAGUGCACUAUCAACAUGGACAAUGGUUGGCAGAGAUGGAUAAGUUUAUAGAAGCACAUCAGGCUUACUUAAAGGCUGGACGCACUAAGGAGGCCAAUCGUCUGCUGAAGCAAUUGAGCAACACGGCCAUUGUGGAAGAACGAUACUUGGAUGCCAGCUACUUUUACUGGCUUCUGGCAAAGCAGUGCCUGGAUAUUUACCAUGCCAAGGACGAACAAAAUCCGAUUGAUCAUCACCUGACCGAGUACAAAAAUCAUUUACGCAUUGCCAAGGUCUAUUAUGCCUACAGUGUUAUAUAUUCUUAUAUGAAGGAACCAUUCACCACCCAUUCCCCGGUCAGCUUGUUUAAUGUGAGCCGUUUUAUACUCAACGAAGUGGAACAGAAGGGUGUUCCCAAGGGUGUGAGCAUGUUCUCUGUUCUAUUUACUUUGGCGAAGCAGGCAAAGUUUCUGCAGGCCAAUAAAUUGUGCCUGUUGAUCAACAAAAGAUUGCAAUCCUUGAAACCUCCAGCUGGAGUGCAAGAGCAAAUAGAUCUCAAUUUCUUGAAUAGCAAGGCCUGUAAAAGCGGCUUUAACGAUCCCGAGGAGCUUCUACCGCUCUGCUACAAAUGCUCCAAUUAUAGCCAGCACAUGAAUAACAACUGCUGUCCAACCUGCAGACAGGACUAUAUUUUUUCAUUCGUUUCGUUUGAAAUCCUACCCUUAGUACAAUUUUAUCCUGAGGUGGAUAUUUCGGAUGCCGAAGCGGAACGUCUGCUCUUGGCACCCGCCAAGCAUGCAGAGGAUUCCGAUCCCUUUAACGAGGAUGUGGCCAGUGCCUUACCAUUGAGUUUAGAUCGUAAUGGGUUGCGGGCCAUCGAUCCCAAUCAUGUGCUCAUCCUCAAGAGGCAGGGAAAGAAUGUGCGAAAUAUUUAUUAUCGCAAUAUAUUGCCUGAUCUGCAAGUGACCUAUUGUCCUAGUUGCCUUCUGCUAUUUUAUGCGGAAGACUUUGAGCUACAGGUACUUCAGAAAGGAUACUGUCCUUUCUGCCACACAUCCUCGGAAAAGCUACUAGAAGACUUCUGA